AACUAAAUUUAAUCGUAAACAGCUCCUAUAAAUAUUCUUAUUUGAUUGGCUCUUUUUUGCUUGAUUUGCAUGUUGAAUUUCGCUUAGUUGUUGGUCUCAACUUUGCCCUUCACUUAAUGUUAUUGAAACCGAGUAUCGCCAUUCCACUGUUGUUCAUAUACAUCUCUUUUUCAAGCUGUAUCGAAGCAUUUAAUUUGAAAUCUCUAUUCGGAACGUCGGAUGAAAAGGCAUCAGAAGAAUCAGCAGCGGUAUUUGGAACGACCAUCUUAAAAAGAUCGAGCAGAUCAGACAUACCUUGCAAUAACUAUAUUUGCCCAGCUUCUGAUAUUUGUGUCAAAAAGCCUAAAGAUUGUCCAUGUUCAAAAGUCACGGAUAAAAAAUGUAUUGUUGGAGAUUGGUACACUUGUAUUCGUGGUGAUCAAAACUGUAAAGAUGUAUUGUAGGUAUACUGUUUUGAAGCGGAAAACAAAAAAUAAAAAGUUCGCAUACAUUACAUGAAUUUAGAUUCGACAGUUUAUGAAUCUUGUGAAGUAAUAUCACUGUACAAGAACAUUGAUGGAUUUUGUGAUAAAUCAUCUAUUAUUGCAAUUUAUAAAAGAUAGGUCUUAAUUC